AUAAAUUUGCUCUCUACACACAUUCUUGCUUUGUGCAAAAAAAAAAAUAGGAAAAAAUUGUUCAAUUAUUUGUGCGAAAUGUUUGUCAUGUGUUCUGUCAUUGCUUUUAGAAGAACAUGGUCGUUCUCUACUAUAGAGUUUUUGAAAUACAGACGCUUGAAUCCAAUGUUAACUUCUGAAGAUGGACAGUUCACCGACGAUUUAUCUGUCCCAACAACGUCUUGGUAUGACGAUGAAGUUUCUAUAAAUGAACAGUUUUUGUCAGAAGUAAAGCAUCCAAUAAACACCAUUCAGAACAAUGGGAAAGUGGUCAUUGUGAAAAACAUUUCUCCACACGUCACUCGUAAACAACUGAUUUCUUUUUUCUCAAAAUUUGGAAAGGUCGUAAGCUGCCAGGUCGAUUCGGACGGAAGAUGGCAGUCAUUGCACGAAUCAAACCCCGUCUGCAAUAUUAUAUCUUCCGUAGCUGAAAUUGAAUUUAAGCAGGUUGAAGAUGCUCAAAAAGCAUUAUUGGCUUCCGAUGAGGAACUCAAAUUCUACAACCGGAUAAUGCUGGUUUCUACAGUUGAUGGACGCUCUGACUUUGAUUCUUUUCCAAUAAAUGUUUUGACUCGUAUAAUAUAUUAUCUUUCUCCGUUAGACAGAAUUCGAGUCGAAAGGGUUAAUAAAACUUUUUUAAAAGCAGCUGCUAAGGCAUGGGCAAUUGAUGAUUCUUUGUCAUUUGCAAACCAAGUAGCUUUCAAUCAGUUUUUCAAUGCUAAAAAUCCAAUGCGCAAUACUCAUCUUCAGGCACUCCUCAAAAGAUGUGGGAUUUACCUUAGAUCACUCGACCUUUCUGGGACAAGACAUCUUUUGAAUGGGAAUGCUUUCACAAUAAUUUCUUCAUUGUGCCCACAUUUGCAUGAGGUUAAUAUAUCGGGUUUGACUGCAGAUUCAAAAACUCUUAGAGCUUUCAGUGAAGCUUUGCCUCAGCUUAGCUCAGUAACUUAUGCUAAUAUGGUUAGUGUUGGAGAUAAAGCGAUAUGGAGUAUGUUUAUCCAAAAUGGAGUAAAUAUAAGAAAAAUUGACCUUAGAGGUUGCAAACUUCUCAAAGGUUAUUGCUUGAAGUCGUUCUCUGCUAAACUCGAACAUGUAUUACUUGAUGGUUGUUCUCGUUUGGAAAGAUUAUGUCUGGAGGAUCUAUGCCUGCGGUCACCGAACGUUAAAGAGUUGCGACUGAAUGGCUGUUUCCGCAUUUCUGAUGAAAACAUAAAUUCAAUUACUCGCUGCAUGUCCAACUUGGAGAAAUUUUCGCUUUGUGGUGAUAAUUUUACGAUGAUCACCUCAUCGGGGCUUGUAGCUUUAUCACAGCUCACAAACCUUUCCGAACUAAUGCUUGACCAUAACUCAGCAGUUUCAAACGAAUUGCUCGAAGCUCUUUUUGUUCCUUCAUCUCGUUUACGGAAACUAAGCAUUGCCUAUGCUGGUUGUAGUGUUGCACUGACCGAGUCAUCUUUAACAAGAAUUGGCAAACUACAAUUUUUAGAAGAUGUCGACCUUAGCGCUUUAACAGCUGUAACAAAUGCAGUCGUUUCUGAGAUUGGCUCUAAAUGCUUGGCAGUUCGAAAACUAAAGUUAUGUGGCUGCACUUGUUUAGAAGACCAAGGAGUAUGUUCGCUUAAGAACCUUCGCAAACUUGAACUGCUCGACAUCACUGGCUGUAUAAUGGUUACAAAUCUAGGUGUUCAGCCUCUCUUAGACUGUUUUCCUGCAACUGAAAAUGAUUUACGGCAGGUACAAAUUGCUUUAAAAGUAGCAAAUUCUGCGAAAGCGUUACUGCAGUUCACGUAG